AUGAUAGAUUAUUUCAUUGAAGACUCAACGUUUGCGCCACACACCAUUUUAGCGGCGUUUUCGAAUGAGAAAGAGCUGUUCAUGCGCAUCAUUCGCGAUAUACAAAGCUACUCUUUGUCUCCAAAACCAAGACAUUUUACCCGAAUGGAAGACUUACGUGUCAAUGCAAGAAAAAGGGUUGGUUUUAGUACCAUCCAUAAAUGUGUAUCUGCCAUACGACAACUGACGUAUAGCAAAUCUCCGGACUCACUUGAUGAAUAUUUGCAUAUGGGGGAGGAAACAGCUAGAGUAUGUCUAGAAGAUUUUUGUAAGUGUGUUUUUGAGUUUUAUGCAGCCGAGUAUUUGCGAAGACCCACGCCUGAUGACAUACAACGUUUGCUAAGCAAACACGAAGAACUUCAUGGGUUUACGGGGAUGUUAGGAAGCAUCGAUUGUAUGCAUUGGCCAUGGAAAAAUUGUCCAAAAUCAUGGCAAGGGCAAUACACUCGUGGUGAUAAAGGACGUCCAACCAUCAUGCUUGAAGCGGUUGCGUCUUAUGAUUUAUGGAUAUGGCAUGCAUAUUUUGGCGUUGCAGGAUCUAACAACGACAUAAACGUCCUGAAUCAGUCAAGUUUGUUUAGGGAAAUAAUUGAGGAUACGGUUCCCGACACUUCAUUUACCGUUAACGGGACCAAAUAUAAGAAGGCGUACUACCUUGCUGAUGGCAUUUAUCCAGAGUGGUCUAUGUUUGUAAAGUCGUUCUCAUGCCCGCAAGACGAGAAAAGGAAGAAGUUUAAAAAGUACCAAGAAAGUGCUCGAAAAGAUGUUGAGCGGGCAUUCGGAGUUCUUCAAGGUCAAUGGGAGAUACUUCAGGCACCGGCAAAAGCUAUGAGUGUUAAUAAGAUUCGCCGAACCAUGUAUGCGUGUGUUAUAUUGCAUAACAUGAUUGUUGAGGAUUCGGGAAAUGCCAUAACCUCUUACGAAGAGGAUUUCAUUAACGAGCCACGUAACUUACCACGAAGAACAUUCGAGGAGAGGUUAAAGGUGCAUGACCGGACCAUCAAGGAACUUCGAGACCGACACGUCCACCAUUCUCUAUGUCAUGAUCUCGUCGAGCAUAUUUGGAGUCUUCCUUAA